GCGGCUUCGACGGCAAGGUCGACGUGUUCAGCCUCGGCGUGGUGGCGCACGAGCUGCUGACGGGGCGCCCGCCCUACGCGCCAGCACGGGUCGGCGGCGGGGACCACGGUCCCGUGGACUACCGGGCGACCAGGCGGCGGCAGGACGACCUGGACCUGGCGGCGCUCCGGGCUUCCGGCUGCUCGCCGGGGGCCGUCGGGCUUCUGGAGGGGAUGCUGGAGCUGGACCCGGCGAGGCGGCUGUCUUUCCGGGAGUGCCUCUCCAACGAGUGGUUGCGGAACAGUUGCGAGGACGUGGAUCGGCAAUUCGGACGCGCCGCCGCGGUGUCGCGCAACAGAACAACAGCAUUUUACUACAAGCGCAGCCGCACGCGGCGGCUCCGGGCGGCGGGCCGGCACUCCCUGGGCGGCGCGGCCGCGUCCCCGGAGGCGGAGGAGGCGGCCGGGGAGGAGCUCUCCUGCAGGCAGAUGCGCAGGAUCUGCAAGUGCCUGGAGCGCUUCUCGAAGCGCAGCAAGCUCCACCGGGCGGUGGCUUACCACCUGGCCGCGUACCUGCCCGUGAAGCAGCUCAGGAGAGCCAGCGAGAAGUUCAGGCAGAUGGACGUGGACUUCAGCGGGGGCGUGCCCAUCUCCCCUCGGCUAC